AACGUUACAUAUCAAUACGAGGCCCAGGUGAAUAUUAAAAAAAUUAAAAAAAAAAUUAAAAUUAAAAUUAAAAUCUGGGCCACCAAGAAAAACAAAACCCUAUUCGAUCUCUUCCCACCUGCCAUCGUUCCCUCCGCCAAACGCUUCAAAUCCGAUUCCACCGCAAGUGCCGACCACUCACUCUCGUCUACCACCAACAAUGACUCUUCCUCCGCCGCCUCCACCGACCUCACCGCCCAGCAGAAGUCACGCAUCGAAUUCCAAAAGCUGCUCGCCAAAGCCAGACGCAACCUCUCCAGCUGCUCCGACAGAGUCUCCUAUUCCAAGUCCAAAUGUUCAACGCCCUCAACUCCAACUCUUUCGACAGGGUCAAGGCUGUCAUCCUGGGUCAGGACCCGUAUCACGGUCCGGGUCAAGCCAUGGGUCUCUCUUUCUCUGUUCCUGAGGGUGAAGGUCCCCUCAAGUCUGGUUAAUAUAAUCAAGGAACUGAACAAAGAUCUUGGCUGUUCAAUUCCAUCUCAUGGCGGUGGGGUAGGGAAGAGGAGGGAGGGCGUCGGGAAGGGUGAGGCACGACUCCCAGAUUUUUUUUUUUUAAUUUUUUUAAUUUUUAAUUUUUUAAUAUUCAUGUGGGCCCAUAUUAACACGUAGUACCAAUCAUUGUUCAUGUGGGCGUUAUGUUUGAUUUAACAACCUAAUUAACGGAUGUAUGAGACUAUUUCAAAAUACACUUUAGGUAUGAUUAUGGGACGAAAAAAACGGAUGUAUGAGACUGUUUCAAAAUACACUUUAGAUAUGAUUAUGGGACGAAAAAAAAUUCAUGCACUAAAUGUUGAAAAUGUAUAAA